UUUUUUUCUCGAGCGGAGCAAAGCUGGUGGCUGUUUCAAUCAAAGGGAAGGCAGAGGGAAGGGAGGCUCUGCGGAGAGAUGUAAGAUGGCAGAGCUACAAAUGUUGUUAGAGGAAGAGAUUCCUGCCGGUAAAAGAGCGCUCGUGGAGAGUUACCAAAACCUAACCAGAGUAGCGGACUACUGCGAGAACAAUUAUGUCCAGGCCCAGGACAAGAGGAAAGCUCUGGAGGAGACCAAAGCCUACACCACCCAGUCCCUGGCCAGCGUGGCCUACCAGAUCAAUGCCUUAGCCAACAAUGUACUGCAGCUGCUGGACAUCCAGGCCUCGCAGCUGCGGCGCAUGGAGUCCUCCAUCAACCACAUCUCCCAGACGGUGGACAUCCAUAAAGAGAAGGUGGCCAGGCGGGAGAUCGGGAUCCUCACCACCAACAAGAACACGUCGAGGACCCAUAAGAUCAUAGCGCCUGCUAAUAUGGAGCGACCUGUCAGGUACAUCAGGAAGCCCAUCGACUACACUGUACUGGACGAUGUCGGCCAUGGCGUCAAGUGGCUUAAAGCCAAGCAACAUGGAAACAACCAGUCGAUCCGAGGAGGAACAUUAUCGAGGACCAAUCCGCCGACACAGAAGCCACCGAGCCCUCCCAUGUCAGGGCGCGGCACGCUCGGACGCAACACAUCCUACAAGACUCUGGAGCCGGUGAAGCCGCCCACGGUGCCCAACGACUACAUGACCAGCCCCGCCCGGCUAGGCAGCCAGCACGGCCAGCAGCACAGCCCGGGACGCACGGCGUCGCUCAACCAGAGGCAACGCACACACAGUGGAAGCAGCGGCGGCAGCACCAGCAGGGAGAACAGCGGCAGCAGCGGUAUUGGCAUUCCCAUCGCCGUGCCUACACCCUCCAUCCCCAACUCUGGACCAGUCCCGCCCAUGUCUGCUCCUCCAGGAGCCCCUCCGCCUCCCCCACCCCCUCCUCCUCCUCCCAUGGCCGGGCUCGGCCCCUCAGCAGCACCUCCUCCACCACCUCCACCUCCACUUAUAGCGGUGGCCCCUGGGCCUGGUCUGGGCCCCGCUCCAGUGUCCCAGUUUGGAACCAUCUCGCGGCAGAUUUCGCGGCACAACCCCUCCAACUCCUCUGUCUCUAUGGUUUCGGCCACGGGCACCUACCGUCGGGCACCGUCGGUCACUUCCCAGUUCUCCUUGCAGCAGCAGCAGCAACUACAGCAGCAGCAACUACAGCAACAGCAACAGCAGCAGCAACAGCCUCAUAUUAACGGAGGCACUCCUGGCUACGGCCAGAACUCAAUGUCUAUCGCUCCUCCUCCUCCCCCCAUGCCCCAGCUGACUCCACAGAUACCUCUGACUGGCUUUGUGGCCAGGAUGCAGGAGAGCAUUGCAGAUACUCCUACUCCUCCUCCACCUCCACCUCCAGAUGAUAUACCCAUGUUUGACGACUCUCCUCCUCCUCCCCCACCUCCUCCAGUUGAUUAUGAGGAGGAGGAUGCGGCUGUUGUGCAGUACAGCGACCCGUACGCUGAUGGAGACCCACAGUGGGCCCCCAAGAACUACAUUGAGAAAGUGGUGGCCAUCUAUGACUACUCCAAGGACAAGGACGAUGAGUUGAGUUUCAUGGAGGGGGCCAUCAUCUACGUCAUCAAGAAGAACGACGACGGCUGGUUCGAGGGCGUCUCCAACGGCGUCACCGGACUGUUCCCUGGUAACUAUGUGGAGUCGAUCAUGCACUACGCCGACUGAAGGGACCUCGCAGUAACAGUAAAGUCUAUUUAUUCAGUCAUAUCAUAAUCCACUGAGAGACUGACCGACCGCCGCAAUCUUGACUCCCGAGACGCAUCUAGACAUAACUGUAUGAUUCCCUUUUGAUAUGACAGAAUGUUCUUUCCCUUACUGAUUGCAAAUAAAAUAAAAAGUAAUA